UCUUUUUGACUGAGCAAAGCCAAUUGCUACACGUUUCUUUUCAUUUGAACUACGAACUUACUAUUACUGUCAUUUUAUCUGCACUAUAUAGUGUUUUUGGCAUCCAUCAUUUAUUUAUAUUUACACACCAGAUAUCCAAUAAUCGCGGGCGUUAUCACAUUAUUAAUUCUAACAGAUACUAUAUUGACAGGAUGGGAUGCUGUUUUGUGCUCACUCUGUUCGUUUCGCUCCUUCACGGUGUUUUUGGUGGUGAUGGAGUAAAAUUGUCAGAAAUGGAGGGGGACACAGUCAUUCUACACACUGAUAUAAUCAAAAAAGAGCAUGACAAGUUGUUGUGGUAUUUUGGAGACACUCGCAUCGCUCUGAUCAAUGGACAUCCCAAUACGAGCUGUUUAUAUGAUGGUCCUGACGGGAGAUUCAGAGACAGACUGGAGGUGGACUAUGAGACUGGAUCUCUGAUCAUCACAAACAUCACAACUCAACACACUGGACGUUAUGAAGCAGAGAUCAUCAGAAGUGAGAGUUCAGGGAAAAGACAAAGUUUAAACAGAAACCGCAAAUGUGAUAGCACAAAAAUCACCAAAAAACCCAGCAUCAGUCAUGAUGAUAACAUAAAAUCUUUCAAUGUGAUCGUCACUGCUGCUCUGUCUGAUCAAGUCAAAAGCGACGACGAGCCCAGUAUGGAGAAGAGGGAGUCUGACUUGGAUUUAGGUCUGUCUUCAGCUGCUGUAGCAGGAAUAUGUGCUGCCUCUCUGCUCCUGACUGUUGUAGCUGCUGCUGCUGUGAUCUUCAGAAAUGCAAUAAGACAGAAUGAAAACAAUGGACUACAGCGCAAAGAAGAGGUAAGACACUGUUGUGAAAACUGACUUUACAUCACCUUAAGAUCUGUUUGAUUUUAGCUACACAGACAAAAUCAUCCUAAU